ACCGGUACGACCGUAGCUACGGUUUUCUCCGCGUUGUAUAUUAACCCUGAGAAUGCUUCUUCGUACGGAGGAGCUUCUCUUCCCCGCUAAUUCACUCUGUGAUUUUGGGCAGCUCUCCACAUUUACUGUCGAAGGUUGAAGACGAGGAGUUUGAAAUGGCUGUAUACUUCUUGGAAAAUCUGAAUGCGAUUGAUGUGCUUAAGACCGUGGGGAUAGGUCUCAUCUUGUACCCCAUCCUCACCGUCAUAUACAACAUAACCCUCCACCCUCUAUCCCGUUUCCCCGGACCUCUCCUAUGGGGAUGUAGCCGCCUCCGCUACAUGUACUCGAGCUGGUCGGGCUGGCUCCACUCCGACGUCGCGGCCUUGCACGAAAAAUACGGUAACGUAGUGCGUGUCGCGCCGAACGAACUGUCGUUCGCAGAUCCCCGUGUUUGGGAGGAUAUAUAUUCGAACCGGGGAUCUAGUCCGGCGUUCCCCAAGAGCCCAGUAUGGCAUGGUUCAACACCCGGUAAACCAGAUUCGCUGGCCAAUUUGAUCAGCAGUAAGAGGCACGCGGCUAUGAGGAGGAAGAUGGAGCCGGGGUUCACGGAGAGGGCAGUUGGGCAGCAGGAAGAGAUCGUGCAGGGAUUCGUCGGGUUGUUGAUGCAGAAAUUGAAGGGAAAAUGCGAGGAGAGUGACGACGGGUCGGCCGCGGUGGAUGUCGUCAAAUGGUUCACGUUCGUGACUAUGGACAUCAUCACCGAUCUCUCCUUCGGCGAAUCCUUUCACCUCCUCGAGAAAGAGGAAUUGGAUGAUUGGGUCGGCGUGGUUGUCAACUCGAUGAGGGUUUUUACAAUCAUGGCGACACUGCGCAACUAUCCAUGGCUGAACUGGUUGUUACAGAAACUGAUUCCCGCAAGCGCGAGAAGGAAAGCGGAUUGGCAUUGGCACACUGUCAUGCAGAAGGUGGAUCAAAGACUGGCCGAGGACACCAGGCGGCCGGACUUUUUGUCUCUGUGGCAGCGGGACGACAAAGGUGGGGAUGGCCUGGAAAAGGGCCACGUGUAUGCGAAUGCGUUCAUCAUGACUGUUGCAGGGAGCGAGACCAGCGCUGGGACCCUUACCGGAACGCUCAACAAGCUUCUGAAGCAUCCCGAGAUUCUGGAACGUCUGACAAAGGAAGUACGUUCUCGAUUCGCCCACGAGACGGAGAUCACUUUUGCUGCCUUGAAGGAGCUACCGUAUUUGAAUGCAGUAAUGAGCGAAGGUCUCCGGGUGUGCUCCGUCGUGCCCGGGCUCACCUUGCCACGAAUAACGCCGCCAUCAGGAGGCAUUGUCUGUGGAUAUCGAGUUCCUGGGAAUAUCUUCGUCGGCGUCCAUGUCCAUUCCACAAUGACUGGUAGUCGAUACUUUUUUGAAUCGACAGAAUUCCGCCCGGAAAGAUGGCUAGCAGAAGUCAAUCAAGAUCCAUCCUCGCCGUACUUCCACGAUCAGCGAAAUGGAGUACAGCCCUUCGGUAUCGGACCUCGAUCAUGCAUUGGAAAGCCGCUCGCCCUGGCUGAGAUGAGACUGAUCCUUGCCAGGUUGGUAUGGACAUUCGAUAUCGGACAGGCGGAGAGCGAGGCUGGCAAAGUGGUUUGGGAGGACCAGCGGGCGUUCACGGUAAUCGAUAAGAAGCCGUUCGAAGUUAGGUUGAGACCAAGAGUGCAGUAGAGAAUCUGCUUCGAGAUAUUGUCAUCUAGGACGUGAGACCUCGAAGUGAGUGAACAUAGUACUCAGGGAGGAGUUUGGAUACUUGUAUGCAUAUCACACAGAUACAGGAUCCUUCCUGUUCGCGUGUGACCGAAGCUUGCUCACAUGCGUUCACGUCUGCUACAGGUUGGUGUAUUGAUGAUGUUUAGGUCUCUUCCAAGGUCUCAGUGCGAGGAGGUUGGAAGGAGGUGAGGGGUUAUUCGAAGUAUUGGUCUUCGUAUGCAUCUUCUGCGUCCU